AGAUCCAAUCUUUCUUCUCUUCUCUUCUCUUCUCUCGCUGAAUUUUUUUUUUUCUACAUUAAUGUUUUCAUACAAACUCACCCAUGGAUUCUCACCUUACAUCUUCUCUUCUUUCGCUGAAGAAAAAAUUUCUACAUUAAUGUUUUCAUACAAACUGCCCCAUAGAUUCUCACCUCACAGCAAAGAGAGCAAGACCUGUAACCCUAGCCCAAAAUCCCUCCUCCUCCUCCAGUGAUACUGUCUCAAUUCUAAAACCUAACCCGAGAUAAAGAGGAUCUCACUUGUCGUCUUCUUUGACUUCAAUCUAAGAAGGUUGGAUUUUUAAUCACAGUAUGGAUAACCUGCUCGGCUUUCUUGAUUGCGUGAAAGCUGAAUGUAAACCUCUACUUGCUGAACGAGCGGCGAGUAAAGGGUGGUCCGACCAAAAGCUUGAUCAAACUGGUGGCGCACUUGGCAAGUACGACAACUUGAAGAGGAAUCGAGAGGAUGGCUAUGAGUUCUGUUUGGCUGGGAUUGUUAGUACUGAGGGAAAUUCAGCUGUUAGCCUCCAGAUUGUGCUGGGUCGUAUUUCUGAACUAAUAAAGACAUGUUGGAGUGAGGAUUUGGAUCUUAUGAAGACUGCCGAGGUUCUAAAGAUGGAUCUUAGUAGUGUGGAAACCCUUCCAAGGAGAGGAUGUGUUGAAAUAUUCUGGUUUUCGUGUGAUGCUUCUACCACCAGCGUCACCAGAAACAUCCCCAGAUCGCCAUAUAGAAGAUACAUGGAUGCAGGUGUGGUCGCAUUUUGUCCCAAGCUGUACACAGGCAUUUUGUGUGUUUUUAAAUUUAGUUACUACCUUUUGUACUAUCUGGGUUGUUCUGUUGCCCAGAUUCUAUUUCUAAAUCAAUUAUUAAACAUCUUAUUGACAUAUAUGUAAGUUUCUAUGGUGCAUCAAUGUAAAACUUUGUUAUGAAUGUGUGAUGGUGCAAAUUUAUACAAUCUUAAGUUUAGUUUC